GCGCCGCGGGCCCCGCCGGCCUGCCCAGGGCGCCCGCGGACGAGCUGAGCCGGCCCGGGCCGCCCCCAGGCCCUGAGACCCCCUCCUCCCGGGGAGGGGGCUCGCAGCGCGGACUGCCGGGCGGGACGCUCGUGUGUGUCGGGAGGAGGCUGUUCGUGGCCGAGGUCUGCGUGGCCUUUUUCCUUUUUGUCUUUUUCCUGUUCGUGUUUUUGAAGCCGGGGCGGCGGCGGGGCGGCGGGGCUAGCGGGGCGCCCGGGCGCCGGGGCGCCGGGCGCAGCAUGGAUGUGGCCGAGCCGCCGCCGCUGGGCCUGUUCCCCGAGGACGAGCUGAUGGCCGUGGGCAUGGACACCUUCAUCCACCGCAUCGACUCCACCGAGGUCAUCUACCAGCCGCGGCGCAAGCGGGCCAAGCUCAUCGGGAAGUACCUGAUGGGGGACCUGCUGGGCGAGGGCUCGUACGGCAAGGUGAAGGAGGUGCUGGACUCCGAGACGCUGUGCCGCCGCGCCGUCAAGAUCCUCAAGAAGAAGAAGCUGCGGCGGAUCCCCAACGGCGAGGCCAACGUGCGGAAGGAGAUCCAGCUGCUGCGCCGGCUGCGGCACCGCAAUGUCAUCCAGCUGGUCGACGUGCUGUGCAGCGAGGAGAAGCAGAAGAUGUAUAUGGUGAUGGAGUACUGCGUGUGCGGGAUGCAGGAGAUGCUGGACAGCGUGCCCGAGAAGCGCUUCCCCAUGUGCCAGGCCCACGGGUACUUCUGCCAGCUCAUCGACGGCCUCGAGUACCUGCACGGCCAGGGCAUUGUGCACAAGGACAUCAAGCCCGGCAACCUGCUGCUCACCACCAGCGGCACCCUUAAGAUCUCCGACCUGGGAGUCGCCGAGGCCCUGCCCCCGUUUGCCGCGGACGACACGUGCCGGACGAGUCAGGGCUCCCCGGCCUUCCAGCCGCCCGAGAUCGCCAACGGCCUGGACACCUUCUCUGGCUUCAAGGUGGACAUCUGGUCGGCUGGGGUGACGCUCUACAACAUCACCACGGGGCUGUACCCGUUCGAGGGGGACAACAUCUACAAGCUCUUCGAGAAUAUCGGCAAGGGGGACUACACCAUCCCCGGGGACUGCGGCCCCCCGCUCUCGGACCUGCUGAGAGGGAUGCUGGAGUACGAGCCGGCCAAGAGGUUCUCCAUCCGGCAGAUCCGGCAGCACAGCUGGUUCCGGAAGAAGCACCCCCUGGCCGAGGCGCUGGUGCCCAUCCCACCGAGCCCCGACACCAAGGACCGGUGGCGCAGCAUGACCGUGGUGCCCUACCUGGAGGACCUGCACGGGGGCGCCGGCGAGGACGCCGAUGGCGAGCACUUCGACAUGGACGACAUCAUCUACACUCAGGAAUUCACCGUGCCCGAUCCCCGAAGAGGAGGUGGGCCAGAACGGACAGAGCCGGGGCCUGCCCAAGGCAGUGUGCAUGAACGGCACGGAGUCGGCGCAGCUGAGCACCAAAGUGAGGGCCGAGGGCCGGGCCGGCGCCCCCAACCCAGCCCGCAAGGCCUGCUCCGCCAGCAGCAAGAUCCGCCGGCUGUCGGCCUGCAAGCAGCAGUGAGCGCCGCCUGCAGCCUGCCUCCGGGAGUCUCCGCCAGGGGGCGCACUCCCUCAGUCUUCCCGCCGGCUCCUGGCCCAGCGCCGCCGCCCUCAGGACAGCGGGCGCCCCCUGGGCGGCCCCGCGGCCCGGCCUCCCCUGGCCGCCUGCGCACAGCGGCAGGGCCGUGGACACGACGUGCUGACUUUGCAAUCCUGCCUGAGCCUUCCCCAGGCGCAGAAGGGAGAGGCCCGGGCCGCCGAGCACUUUACCUUGAGACUACUGGCUCUGCGCCCGCCCCGCCGCGGCCCCCGACGGCCGGCGGGCGCGGGCCGACUGCUCAGCCUUGCAUGCAGAGCCGCCAGGGGAGCCGCGCGGCUGCCUUGUUUUCCUUGUUUGGUUGGUUCCUUUUCUUUUUGUUUUUUAAGAAAAAAUAAAACAGGUGGAUUUGA